GAGCAAUUGUCGUUGACAGCUUCAUGAUCAAAUUUACAACACCGUGUUAUUUGGCAAAUAAUUCGAAUAAUUAGUGAUAUUGCAAUUAUUAUAAAUUCCUUUGUGAAAACAAAUUCCCGUGUUCGCUUUGCGCGGUCAUGGGUUUGAACGAUUACGUUUAUUCAGUGUUAGAUAAUCCUAUUUGCAGAUACGUUCUUUACGAAAAUCCUGUAUCACAAACGGUGAAAACAGUAAUGACCGAAAAAAGCUUUGUACCAUCCUCAAAACAAAUCACAGUGAUUACAGAAAAAACCCCCUUAUGGAAACUUGCAAGAGAAAAUGGCUCUUUUUUAAGAUUGGCCAGUGUUAUGGGGGCUUCUGCAGUUGCGUUAGGUGCCUACGGAGCGCACAGAAAGUACCCUGAAGGGAAAGCAGAUCUGCUGAAACCAGUAUUUGAGACAGCUAACAGAAUGCAUUUUUUUCACUCAUUAGCUCUAUUAGGAGUUCCCAUGUCUAGAAAUCCCGCUGUGGCUGGAUCAUUAUUUUUGAUGGGAACAAUUCUAUUCUCUGGUCCUUGCUACUAUUAUGCCUUCACCGGGGAGAAUAAAUUAGGGAAAUUGGCACCCAUUGGAGGAACAAUAUUGAUAGUAGCAUGGCUUUCCUUGGCGUUUUAAUAUUAUUAUUAAGUGGCAUGCAAUGGAAUUUUUUUAUGUGAUAUAUUUUGUUUAUUCAUCAAUAUUCAUGAAAAUAUAAUUUGUUUUUAAAUUUUAUUUUCUGUGGUAAAAAUGAGACAUGUACCUAAUCUUCAGUGUUGUAAAAAAAUAAAAGGUAGUUGCUAGAAACA